AUGUCAGACUCAGUGAAGAACGUGGUCAUUUUUGGGGCGACGGGAAUGACCGGUCUGGCCACCCUGCCUCUUGCAGCGGCUGCAGAUUACAACGUCACAGUGCUGGUGCGAGACCCCGCCAGGCUUCCGGCGGACCACAAGGCAUCCAGAGUGGUGGUGGGGGACGUGCUCAACAAGGAUGAUGUGAAGAAAGCCUUAGAAGGGCAGGACGCCGCCAUUAUCAUCUUGGGAACAAGGAAUGAUCUCAGUCCAACUACAGUGAUGUCUGAAGGUACAAAAAACAUCGUGGAGGCCAUGAAAGCCCGCGGCAUCCGCAAAGUGGUUGGAUGCAUGUCAGCCUUCCUGUUGUGGGAUCGCUCCAAAGUGCCGCCUCGCCUGCUGGCAGUCACCGAGGACCACGACAGGAUGUACGCUGUCCUCAAGUCAUCUGACCUAGACUACGUGGCCGUCAUGCCGCCUCACAUUGGAAAUGAUCUUCCCCUGACGGAGAGCUACUUAGCGACGGAGAAUGCGUUGAGGGGACGAGCCAUUUCCAAACAUGACCUGGGACAUUUCAUGGUCAAGUGUCUCUCCAACAGCGAGUGGGAUGGCAAGACGGUGGGCGUGUGGGGCGAAUACAAAUAA